AUGCGAAAACUAUUCUGGCUGUGCUAUAUACGAGACAAGGACCUCGCCCUCCUAUCCGGCCUACCUCCUAUCCUCGCCAAUGAGUACUGUGAUCUUGGAUUGCUUGACAACGAAUACUUGAAUCAUAAUGUGUUUCUACAGUCAUCUAAGGCCGCCGCUGAUACCGACAAUAUCGGCACCGUUGCUUGGAAUAGAGCAAUCCCAUUUCUACCAGGCGACCCGCACCUCGGAGUUUUGAAGGAGAGAAUAUUCCGGCUGCUUUACUCGCCUUCAGCACUGAAAAUCAUCGAUAGUGAGCUGCUCACUCGAAUUCGCCAGUUAGAUGACGAGCUUGAGGGCUGGCGUUUGUCUGUUCCCUUAGCACUUCGCCCCAAACUAUCAAUUCUUCCAGGCCAUGGUGUACCACCUACUCCCAACUUUCUGAGUUAUUUGAGAUCGGUCCAGUUACAGUUGGAAUACCACUACCUUCUUACCAUUAUUCAUACACCAGUCAGACGAUUUGGGGCUGCUCAAGGCGCAGAGACUAGUCCACCCGAAGACCUUCACAGCGCGAUGCAUUCAAGUAUCGACUUAUCCCUGGAGGCCAGCCGCUCUACUCUGAAUUUACUCAAUGAGCCAAUAGUGAUGCUCAAACAAGAUAUCUUCUGGCAUGCCGUCAUCUACUCGCUUGUAGCGGCAAUGUCGUUAUUCGUUAAUAUACUCAUACACCCUGUUGAUGCUCAAGCAGCAGCAGACACAGCAUCUCUCGCUUUGGCGUCAAAGAUAGUCAAUAGGCUACGAACUCAAACCGUCACGGAUUACGAAACCAAGCACAAUGAGCGGGCGGGCAAGUUUGUUGCAGAACUGUUAAAAUUAGCAAACGGCGCUAUUUUGAAGGCGAAUGGACAUUCAGCGCUGGACAAGUCGCCCACCGAAUAA